CUUAAUAAAUAUGUGGAAGAAAUUGAUUUUUGCUGUGGUGCUUGUAGCCUUUGUGGGCGUGCGAUUCGCCAGCUCGCUGACCUGCUACAGCUGCAAUGAUGCCACUUCUUGCAAGAACCCCACGGUCCAGACAUGCUCCAACGCCACGGCCAAUGCCACCAGCGACUGGCUUUCGACGUACCACAACGAUGUGCCCGAAGUAGGUGGCAGCCAGAGCUUCUUGUGUGCAAAUCUCACCUACUACACAGGUCCGGAAAUCCCGCCCACAACACCUCUUGGCCCUAACAACACGCUUACGAGUGAGUUCCUUGGCUGUGCCCAUCCGGAUAUCAGGAUCUGUGCUCGUAAUCUGACCGAUCCGGAUGCCAGGGCCAACUGGAAGUCGCACUGUGGCGUCUGCUAUACUGACAACUGCAAUUACGAUGGACCCGCGGGAACCUUCAGUGGUAGUGCGUACACCAUAAUUGGCUCUAUCUCUGCGCUGCUAUUGACCAAGGUUCUCAGUUAAUUUUUAAUAAAGUGCUUCAACGUUGUACGGAAUCUUAAUGAUAACCUGAUCGCAUGUCUCUCCCUACACAAAAACUGACCGGUGAAGAGAACUUCAGCUUAAACCAAAAAGCCGUUGAGUAGUUGUGCCUUGGCCAAGCAAUAUGUGUGGUCACACUGGCUUUAAUUUGAAGCAUUUUAACAGUCUGGCAGCACAUUCGUGCGUGCCAAAUUUAAAUUUAAAAGGAUAUUCGCAAUUUAUGUAUAUAUAUUAACGCAAAAAAUGGUAUGAGUGCAAUAAAGUUC